AUGGAUGAAAAUAAUUCUGAUGACAAUCAAGAGACAAAAAUGUGGACGCCUAGAAUUGAAACGAAAUUAAAAAAUAUGUUGAGAGAUGAGGUUAGAAACAAUCAAAUAACGGGCCGUACUACUUCGUGGACAAUUAGGCAUUGGAAUCAUUAUGCAAAUCAGUUGCACAACUUGUAUGGAUUUCAGUAUACAGGAAAACAGGUGCGCCAAAAAUAUCAGCGAUUGAAAGCUAAUUACCAGACAUUUAAGCGACUUCAGGCACAGACUGGUCUGGGAUGGGAUCCCAUUAUAGGCACUGUUGUUGCACCUGAUGAAUUUUGGGAUAAAGCUAGCAGAAAUGUGAAGAAGUUUAGGACAAAAUGA